GAUUUGCCGCGUAUGCAACGCCGUGAUACAAUGGCGGCUUCCGUUACGAGCACGUACUUCUCGUCACUUUUCGUUGAACGUUUUCAAUAAAAUGUAAGGGAUCUGUCGAAACUGCGUUCCUCUCGACAGGUUUCGGCGCGGUAAAAAAUGACAGUGGUACCGGAACUGUAAGAUAUUGCGGAGAGGCUCGCUGGAGGUAUUAGUAAAUCGUUACAGGGAAAGGAAAAACGUUCAAGGCAGAAUGUCGAAGCGACCUGCGGACAGCGGGGACUCGGGUUCCCAGCCACCUAUUAAAAAAGUUCAAUUCGAGCCCAUUUUAAUCGGUCCUAUUUCAACUCUGGAAGAAAUGGACAUGAAAGUUUUGCAGUUUCAAAAUAAAAAGCUUGCCCAGAGAUUAGAACAACGCCAUAGAGUGGAAACUGAAUUGAGGCAACGAAUUGAACAGCUAGAAAAAAGGCAAAUGCAAGAUGAUGCAGUAUUAAACGUAGUCAAUCGCUAUUGGAAUCAAUUAAAUGAAGAUAUACGUGUAUUGCUUCAAAGAUUUGAUGCAGAAACAGCUGAUGAAUCGGAGAAUAAAAAUGAAAGUGAAGCUACAACAUCGUUUCUUAUGCAACUUUCGUCAUGGGAUAAAGAGGAGUUAGAUGAUAAAUUAGCUAAUCGUGUUCAAGUGUCUAAACGUGCAGUUUCUAAAGUCGUACAAGCAUUUGACCGUCUUUCUCAGAGGAAUGAAAAAAUUACUCUUGCCCUGAAAGGAGAAUUUGACGGAGAAGAAGCGCCCAAUAUCGAUGAAGUUGUGCGCCGGGCAAACGCUGAAAUACAAAUGGAGAAUAGGAAUCUUCAAGCAAUAAAUAUACAACUGCAUGAAAAGUAUCAUACCAUUUCAUUAAAAAUGUCUGAAUUACAAGACACCAUAACGGGAAAAGACACGCUCGCUGCCGAGCUUCGUAAUCAAGUGGAUGAUCUCCAGUACGAAUUGAAUAAAGUCCGAGCACGUAAUGAUAAACUAGAACAUCAUCUUGGAGAAGCGAUCGAGAAGUUGAAAGCGUUUCAACAAAUACAUGGUGCAGACGAAAAAGGAAGCAAUAAGCCAACCACUUUGGUCGCAUCAAGCGUGUCGCAGACGAAGGUCGAGGACUUGCAACGAGAAUUAGAAGAAACGAGGGAAGUGGCUAACAACAGAUUACAAGAACUGGACAAGCUUCAUCAGCAACAUCGCGACGCACUGAAAGAAGUAGAGAAAUUGAAAAUGGAUAUUCGACAACUCCCGGAAUCUGUAAUCGUCGAGACGACGGAGUACAAAUGCCUGCAAUCUCAAUUUUCUGUAUUGUAUAACGAAUCGAUGCAAUUGAAAACUCAGUUAGACGAUGCCCGUCAGCAGUUGCAGUCCAGCAAGAAUGCUCAUUUACGACAUAUCGAGAUGAUGGAGAGCGAAGAGUUGAUGGCGCAAAAGAAGCUGCGUGGAGAGUGUAUACAGUUGGAGGAUGUUUUAGCCCAGUUGCGGAAGGAGUACGAAAUGUUGAGAAUCGAGUUUGAACAAAAUUUAGCAGCGAACGAGCAAACAGGACCGAUCAACCGAGAAAUGAGACACUUAAUCACAUCUUUACAGAAUCACAAUCAACAACUUAAAGGCGAGGUUCAUCGUUACAAACGAAAAUACAAAGAAGCCUCUUCGGAGAUACCAAGGCUAAAGAAGGAAAUUGAGGAAUUGACGACGAAGUUGGGCCAACAAACGUCUCAGGAAAAUAAAGAAGGCAACAAUUCAGACGGUAGCGGUAAAGAGGAAGACGCAUCGAAUUCUCUUCCAGGAUCUACGCAGAUCAAGGAGGAGAGCGGAGUUUCGAUAAAGAGAGAAUCAGGCGAGGAAGAAGUGGAAACUAUUGAAGUUGGCGAAGGUGAAGGAAAUAAAGGUACUCCGGAUUCUUUAACUCUAAUGUCUCCAACGUUAAAGAAAGAGAAAGACAUAAAACGUGAGAAGGACAUAAAAAAGGAAGCUGUUAAAACUGAAUAUCGUGAUCCAGCUCAUCGUACCAAAGAUACGAAAGUAGCGGAAUCGGAGCUUGUCAGAGAUCUGAAAGCACAACUCAAAAAGGCUGUGAACGAAAUGAAAGAAAUGAAACUAUUGUUAGAUAUGUAUAAAGGUGUUGGGAAGGAGCAACGUGAUAAAGUACAGUUAAUGGCAGCUGAAAGGAAAACGAGAGCAGAGUUGGAUGAAUUGCGUCAACAGAUAAAAAAGAUUCAAGAAAGUAAACGAGAGGAGCGUAAAAAGUUGGCGGACGAAGAUGCGCAAAUAAAAAUCAAGAAAUUGGAGGAACAGGCUUACACGCUUCAACGUCAGGUCGCGAAUCAGAAACAGAAUUGUAUGUGGUUUCAGGAAGAGGAAGCUCUUCUGAACGAGAUGGAAGUGACCGGGCAAGCUUUCGAAGACAUGCAAGAACAGAAUUCAAGAUUGAUCCAACAGUUGCGCGAGAAGGAUGACGCGAAUUUUAAACUGAUGACGGAACGUAUCAAAAGCAAUCAGUUGCAUAAACUAGCUAGGGAGGAGAAAGACGUUUUAAAAGAACAAGUUACUACACUGACGACGCAAGUCGAAGCUGCCAACGUCGUUGUCCGUAAACUGGAGGAAAAGGAACGUCUUCUACAGAAUUCGCUCGCGACUGUCGAGAAAGAACUAGCUUUAAGACAGCAGGCGAUGGAAAUGCAUAAACGAAAAGCUAUAGAAAGCGCUCAAUCUGCAGCAGAUUUAAAGCUUCACCUCGAAAAAUACCAUUCUCAGAUGAAGGAAGCGCAACAAGUUGUAGCUGAAAAAACUAGUUCUUUGGAAGCUGAGGCGUAUAAAACAAAAAGAUUACAGGAAGAAAUAGCUCAGUUGAGGCGUAAGGUUGAGAGAAUGAAGAAGAUAGAACUCGCAGAAACUUUAGAUGAAGUAAUGGCCGAGGAACUUCGGGAAUACAAAGAAACUCUUACUUGUCCUUCGUGUAAAGUUAAACGUAAAGACGCGGUUUUAACGAAAUGUUUUCACGUAUUCUGUUGGGACUGCUUGCGUACACGGUAUGAGACUAGACAGAGAAAGUGUCCAAAAUGUAAUUGUGCUUUCGGAGCUAACGAUUAUCAUCGUUUAUAUCUUUCCACAUGAAGAAGGAAGAUUUAAAUUAUUUAAAUUCAUGUGAUGACCAGUGAUUCGAUUAUAUAAAUUUCUCUUACGACAGCGAUGUGCAUUUUUUCUUACACAUAUUUAUCGUCGCGACUAUUGAUAAAUGAGAACUACAGUUGCACAUGCCAAGAGAAGAAAUAAACUUCAUAAAGAACUUGCUAUGCUACUAUGAAAUAAUGCUAUAAAUGAAAUUGCUGCAUUUUUUUAAUCAUUUUGUAAAGUUUUCAUCGAACUAUAUAUAGUUUUUGUAAGUUCUGAUCUCGUGUAAAGAAUGACUCCGAAUUUUGUGAACGGUAUUUUUUGAUAAUUGCACAAUGAACGGAAUACUGAAAUAGCGAACUUGUAUUAUAUUUUUACUUCACCUUAAGAUACUGUUCGAAUUAUAGGAAACUAGUAAAAUUCGAAUAAAAUAAUACCCCGAAUUUUAAAAGCGAUCUAAGGUGAUAGACAUACUGUAAUAUACUAUAAAUAGUCAUUUAUAAUAUCUACAUACUACAAGAUUUAAAGUAAUUUCAUUAAAGAGAUGAUUAUCACGAUUUCUUUAUGAAGAGAAAUCUUUAUUUCCGAAAUAAAAUUUAGUUAUAUAAGAAUCACUUGAUACUAUUCUUCCUUCGAAAAAUUAAAAUGUUGAACAACUAGUAGUAUAUAAGUAAUUUAUUGUAAUUAAAUCGUGUGGAACACGCGGUAGGUAGUGAAAGUGCUGGAUUUAGGAAUCUUUACUCCUUCGAUUGAACUGUACUUUUAUAUUUUGUCAAGUAACGUCAUGUGUUUUGUCUGUUAAUAAACAGUUCAAUACUGGGAGAUAAGAAAACACGAAAUGUUCAUAGCACACUCGUUUCACGAUAUACAUAAAUGUCUAUCAAAAGAAGGGAGAUGAAAUGUAAAAAGCAUAAUGAUAAUGAUCGUUCAGCAAUGUAACUUACAACACUUUUUAUUGACGAUCAUGAUGCGCGUAUUAACGGUUCGAAUCGGAGAAGGAAGAAAAAUUUCUAUCGUCAUCAACAUUUUUAAUAAUUUAUAAUAACCGAGUGUACCAUGUUUUUAAAAUGAAUUAACAAAUGUAUGAAGUUAUUAUAGUAAAAGGUGUUGCCUGACUUGCAUAGAAA